AUGGCCGCCCGCCUGCUCCUCACCGUGCUGGCAUUCACGUCGCUCGCCUCGUCGCUCGGACCGCCGUGCAAGGACCCCAUCGUGCGCAAGGAAUGGCGUACUCUUUCGCGCUCAGAGAAGGGUUCCUACCUCGAUGCAGUAGAGUGUAUCACCACCAAGCCAUCCCUCACACCCCGAUUCAACAACUCCGGCGUCAAAUCCCGCCGCGACGACCUCCUGUACACCCACAUCCAGCAGACCUUCUCCAUCCACUACGUCGGCCACUUCCUGCCCUGGCACCGGUACCUUGUCGCGACGCACGAGCACAUGCUGCGGGGCCGAGUGCGGCUACGGCGGGGCCUAGCCGUACUGGGACUGGACGCUGGGACCUGGACACCGGCGAGACGUUCGCCAACUCGCCAGUGUCCGACCCGGAGCCGGGGUUCGGCGGGAACGGCCCCUACGUCGAGGGCCAACUCGUCGGAUCCGUCUGCGGUGCCUGGCCGCACGGGCGGCGGGUGUGUCGUCGACGGGCCGUUCGCGGGGAGGGACGACUUUGUCCACCUCGGUCCGGCGAGUGGCGUCUCGUAUAACCCGCAGCGCCUGAGGAGGGACUUGAGUCCGGGCUUUGCGAGGCGGUAUCUCGGUAUGAACCAGACCGAGUUGACGCUGAGGCAGGGUGACUUUGGCUGGUUUGCCAGGGGUGUCGAGGGGGGUCCUAGUUUUGAUGCUUCUGGGAUCCAUGGGGGUGGGCAUUAUAGCGUUGGUGGGACUUAUGGGCAGAUGGGCGACCUGUAUGCCUCGCCGGCAGAUCCUAUAUUCUAUCUACACCAUGCCAAUCUCGACCGCGUGUGGUGGUCGUGGCAGAGCUGUGAUCUGGAAAACCGACUUCAGGAUAUCUCUGGGCCCAUCUUCCUCAUGGACUAUGACAACAUCCAGGGUGGGAACGUGACGCUGGACUUUGAGAUGACCGUCGGAGUCAGUGCUCCCAACGUGACGGUGGGAUCUGUGAUGGACAUCUCGAGCGGUGCCGGGGAUGGGGUACUUUGUUACACCUAUUCUGAUCUCUACGCCCUCCAGACCUGA